AUGCCGGGCUCUGAGGAUGAGUUUAAAUGCUGCACUCAGGACUUUCUCUUCACCUGUGUGGACUUGUUGCUGUUCCUGCUUGAUAUAGGGGUGGAUAUAUGGGCUGCUGUGUCCCUCUACAAGCAGGAGGCCUACGUGUACUUCAGCCUCCUGCUGCUGUUUCUCUUGGGCUCGUCCAUGUUGGUUCAGGUGUACAGCUGGCUCUGGUACCGCUACGAUGAUUUCAAAAUGAAGACAAAGAUUGAGAAGAAGCCGAGCCAGUGCCAGCUCAAGCUGCUGCAUGUUUUUCAGCUGGGGAUCUUCUUCGGGUUGUUUCAUGAUGAUAUAUGUGUGUUCAUAGUGCCCCAGGCACUAGGGAUGGUGUUGAAGGCCAUCGGCUCGACUUUGUCCAUCGCCUCCUUUUUGACCACCUACGAUCACUCAAUGCGCACCUUCCUGCCAGAGAAGGAAAAACACCACAUGAUCUCGUUAGUUUUCUACUUCAUCUGGAACCUGGUUCUCAUCUCUUCUCGCAUUGCUGCCCUUGCUCUUUUCGCCUCCGUGCUGCCCUGCUUCAUCUUCGCCCACUUCAUCUGCUCUUGGCUGGUUUUAUUCUUCUUCGCUUGGCGAUCCAAGACCAACUUCAUGGAGGACCCUCGUGGAGAAUGGCUUUACAGAACCACUGUUGGCCUCAUUUGGUAUUUUAACUGGUUUAGUGUGGCCAAGGGGAUGAGGAUCAGGUCCGUGCUCUAUCACGCGUAUAUCCUUAUUGAUAUUUGCAUCCUCUGUGGUUUGUGGUGCUGGAAGAUGAGCACAGAUCCUUCUGAUUUUGUGACACACCCUUUAACCACGGCUGCCUGUGUUGUUGCAGUUUACGUCCUUGGUCUGUUAUUUAAAGUUAUUUAUUAUACGUUCUUCCAUCCAAACCUUGAUAAAGAUAAGCUGAAAGGGGCCACCAUCACAGAGGAGCAACCUGAAGAGGAAGAGCGUCCCCUUAAGGCCACUGACAAUAAAAGAAUGAGGAAGCUGGCCGAGAACUUCUUCUGCUGA